AUGGGUAAAAAAGCCAUCGUUAGCAAACAUAUCGUCCUUUCAGGAGACCACCAUCUAUACUCCCACCACCCUAUGUAUGGGAUAAUUCUGAUCGAAGGUGAAUUUAUUUUCGAUGUUAUCAUAUUAGAUGAUAACGUUCCCGUCAACGCAGUUAUAGAAAAAUACUCUGAGUGGAGCCCUCAGGACUAUGCGAAUUUCUAUAUUUCUCCUGGGAUCAUUGAUCUGAAUGUAAGAAGGGAAUUUGAAAAUUAUACAUUUUUAACUAAAUCAGCUGUUAGUGGAGGAGUUUCUCUUAUCAUAGAAGAAGAUGGAUUUUAUACAGCUGAUUUUCAAAAUGGAGAUCUCUAUUGUGAUAUUGGAAAAAUCUUGGUGCUUGACAAGAACAAUUUUGAAAGGCUUGAGGAAAUACAGAGCAAAGAAUAUCUUGCAGUGAAAAGCUACCUUUUCCCUCCAAGCACAUCGGUCCAAACUGUCCCUUCUGAUCUUGCUGUGUUUUUUGAUAGAGUUUCUGAGCUAAAACUGCCUGUUUUUAUUGAUCCUACUCUUCCUGAUGCAAGAAUGCUAUUUAUGGCUUCACCGAUGAGGUUUGAAAAAGUGGAAGAAAGAAAUACAGCAGAGAAGUCAGAAAAUUAUAACGUGUUUGCAGCAGCUUUUCCUGACACAAUUGACUCUGAAGAUGAUUCUGAGUCCAGUCAGUCUAUCCCAGAUUUAGAAGUAACGCGGUCGUUCUGAAAUGAAGACUUAGAGAAGCUCCAACAUCAGAUGAUAAAAUCUCGGUCAAACUCAGGCGAAAAUUUUGAGUGCCUUCAGAUCCAUAAAGAAAUCCAAAAAGAAAUUUCUCCAGUCAAUGACUCUGAUGAAUGCAUAAAUAAAAUGGCAUUCGGUUAGAGCGAAAUUAGCUCAGCUAAUUUUCUCUCCCUCAAGCAAUUUUAUUUAUGGAGUUGGGUUUUACCUCGAGAACUUCUUCACAGCAAUAGCGGUUUAACUCUGGGGAUAACCAGAGGAACUGCUCCUCAGUGUACUCAAGAGGCUCAGUCUUCACCCCUCAGCACACCCGAUGAAGGUGACCCUUAGGCGGAACACGCACAGGAGCUGAGUAGAAUAAAGCCGUGGCGGCAGCGAAGCCCGUCGAAGCCGGAACGCUAUAUUUGCCGUACCUUGGGGAAUCGAAGUAGAUCGAUCCAGGAGUCUAUGGGCCCGAAACGUGGAUAAGUAUGGUGGCAGCUCUGGACAAGGCUACCCCGUGGUAGACGUAAAAAGUUAUAAAUAAUUUAAGAUUAAGAUUAAGACUCUGAUGAAUACUCAUUGCUAAUUUAUAGCAGCAAAUCUCCUCACUUGAGAUCAAAAACUCAUACUAUUUUCGACGACUUAGACAAAAGAAUCAAGCAAAACCAAGUCAGUAUUGAAAAUAUUUCUCAAGCUGAACAAUUUACCUAUAAGCAAGCUGGGAGGACUGAGUUUAGAAGGCAAAGCUUUCCUUUUGCAGGAAAUACCAUCCCAAUUAUGGAGAUGCCGAAAACUCAAGCUGAGCCUGUGAAAAAUACUUAUGAAGAUCGUAUGAAAUUCAGAAGACCUCAAGCUUUAAGCAUUAAGCCGCAGCAAGAAAAGCAUGAAGAUAAAAAAAGAAUUUAUGUGUAUCAUCUCGCAAAUUAUUCAGAACAUUGAGAGACAUCAGGAAUUGAAAAAAUUUUAGCGAGUUUAAGACCAGAAAUUCCUUUACAUAUUGUAGGAAUUUCUUCAGCUAUUGCAAUUAAUAAAAUAAGACAGGCUAAAGAGCAUUUCCCAAGGCUAACAUGCGAAAUUCCUGCGCCGCAUCUAUAUUUUACAUGUGACUCUGUAAAAGAUGGGAGCACGAUUUUUAAAAAUUCCCCUCCAAUAAGAAACAGAGGCAACUGCAACCUACUAUGGGAUUUAUUGAAAAUGAAGGCUAUUGACUGCAUAUCAUCCCAGCAUGCCUUUAUUUCUCCAAGAUGUAAAGAUAUAGAAAACGGGAAUUUUCACAAAGCCUUAAACGGAAUUUGUAGCAUUGGAUUCACUCUGCAAGCUAUUUGGACAAUGUUAAAUGUCCCUGUUUCUACUCAGUCACAAUUAGAGCACUAUAUCAUCAGGAUUUCUAAGUGAUUAUCACUAUACCCAGCAAGGAUUUUGAACAUCCAAGACAAGCGAGGCUCUAUUGAAAAAGGCAAAUACUGUGAUUUGGUUAUAUGGUCUCCUUACGAACGAAUUAAAAUUAAUGAAAUUUAUUCAGAAAAUGAAGAAAUAUCUCCAUUUUUAGGUCAAGAAAUGCAUGGGAAAAUUCACAAAGUUUAUGUUAGAGGUAAAGUCGCUUAUGAUGAAAAAGAAUUUUUUAUUCAUGGAAAACAGAUGUUAAGUGGCUAA